CUGAACCAGCUGGAGGAGGCAGCAAAUGCAGCUCACACCUUCUUCAUGGCAAACCCCGAGCACAUGGAAAUGCAGCAGGACCUUGAGAACUACAAAACCAUGGCCGGGAAGGUCCGUCUGGUCGAUCGAGAGGCCAAGCCGCACAUGGAGAACUACAGCGCAGGGGUGAAGCACUAUGACCAAGAAGAGUACGCGCUGGCCAUCGAGUCCUUGGAGCGAGCGCUGCGGGGCUACUACACCGCGGAUGUGGAGUGCCGGGUCACGUGCGAGGGGCCUCAGCGGUUCGAGGAGUACGAGUACUUGGAGUAUAAAGCUGACCUCUAUGAAGCAAUUGCAGAUCACUACAUGCAGAUCCUGGUGUGUCAACAUGAGUGUGUCCGAGAACUAGCCACCCGUCCCGGGCGUUUAUCACCCAUCGAGAACUACCUUCCCCUCCAUUACGACUACUUGCAGUUUGCCUAUUACAGAGUUGGCGAGUACGUGAAAGCCCUGGAGUGUGCCAAGUCCUACCUCCUGUUCCACCCGGACGAUGAAGCUGUCUUGGAGAACGCGGAUUAUUACAAGAGCCUUUUGGAAGAGACUAUGGACCCGGAGACCAUCAAACCCAGAAAGGAAGCUGCCAAGUUUCUGAGGCGUCAUAAGCUGGAAUCUGACCUCUUGCAGAUGGGAGCAACUGGCCUGGGAUUCGUAUACACCGAGCCGAGUUACUGGAGCAGCUCCAGCGCCCGUCAGGACGAGCACAGAGUCCCCUCAGGUGUUAACAGUGAGCCGGCAGACGGUCCCGCCCUGUCUGUAGGAAAGAAACCUGCGCCCAGAAUGGAUCGAGAGCUGCGGGAGGGCGGGUCUCUGCUCUACAGCGACGUGCAGUUCAUCUAUAACUCCCAGCAGCUGAACGGCACGCAGCGAGUGCUACUGGAUAACGUCAUCUCGGAGGAGGAGUGCCAGGAGCUGCGCAGAGUGGCCAAUGGGAUCAUGCUGGCUGGAGAUGGCUAUCGUGGGAAAAGCUCACCCCACACCCCCAACGAGAAGUUUGAAGGGGCCACCGUCCUCAAAGCUCUCAAGUUCGGCUACGAGGGGCGCGUCCCGCUCAAGAGUGCCCGCCUGUUCUACGACGUCAGCGAGAAGGCCCGCAGGAUUGUGGAGUCCUACUUCCGGCUGAACUCCACCCUUUACUUCUCCUACACGCACAUGGUGUGCCGCACCGCCCUGCCGGGCCAGCAGGAGAAAAGGAACGACCUGAGCCAUCCCAUCCAUGCCGACAACUGCCUGUUGGAUCCCGAGGCCAGCGAGUGCUGGAAGGAGCCCCCGGCCUACACCUUCCGGGAUUACAGCGCCCUGCUGUACAUGAACACGGAUUUUGAAGGCGGGGAGUUUAUAUUCACGGAGAUGGAUGCCAAAACUGUUACUGCUUCUAUCAAGCCAAAGUGUGGGCGCAUGAUCAGCUUCUCGUCCGGCGGGGAGAACCCCCACGGGGUCAAAGCAGUCACCAAAGGCCAGCGGUGCGCUGUGGCCCUCUGGUUCACUUUGGACCCACUUUACAGAGAGCUGGAGCGAAUCCAGGCAGACGAAGUGAUAGCGACGUUAGACCAAGAGCAUCGAGGAGCCAGCGACCUGAACAUCAACCCAAAGGACGAGCUAUAAACUAGGCCAAGGACUUUCGAUUAAAUAUUUAUUUAAUAUUGUUAAUCCUAUUAGAACCCUUUUAUUUUUAUACAGAGCCUCGGUAUAAAUGAAGUGGUUAAUACGAA